AUGGCAGUGGAAGAACACGGUUCAAGUUCCUCUGAUUCUUGGAUCGUGCGCAUGUUGCAGUGCAGGAUCUGUAGUUCGACGCGCCAGCGUUUAGAAGGAUUCAACGACAUGGAGAUUCUUGCGAAGCUCGGCCAAGGCGCGUUCGGAAAAGUCUUCCGCUGCCGCGAUCGGAAAACUGGCCGCCUCGUCGCCGUGAAACAAAUCGAGAUUCCGCCAGGCCUUACUAUGAUCACGCGUUCCAUCAAAAUGACCAGAGAAAUGGAUCUUCUAAAGAAAGUACUCGAUCAUGACAACAUUGUGAGGUUGCUGUAUCAUGUGGUUACCGAGGAUAAGAAAUAUUUGUAUCUCGUGUUUGAGCAUCUGGACUGUGAUCUUCAUCAGUACAUUAGAGAACAUAGUCACACUGUAGAUCCAGCGAUUAGAAAGAAUUUUCUGCGUCAAAUACUCACUGGAGUGGCGUACUGUCAUGCGAAUCAGAUUCUCCACAGAGAUUUGAAGCUAAAGAAUCUGCUGAUGGAUCGAUCUAAGAACAUAAUCAAGCUAGCUGAUUUUGGCCUGGCUAGAGCAUUGGGAGAUCCUGCUCAGCAUAGUCAAAAUUUGGGAACUCGGUGGUAUAGGGCUCCUGAACUUUUGUUUGGCCUUCCAUAUUCAACCCCAGUUGAUUUGUGGUCUGUGGGGUGUAUAUUUGGUGAGAUGGUUAUUGGAAAUCCAAUAUUCAAAGCUCUUCAUUUUGUCGAUGAUGAAUUAGAGGCGAUAUUCAGAGUGUUAGGUACCCCAACAGAGGAAACCUGGCCAGGAGUUACUAGCUUUAAUGACUUUCAGAACAUCCGCCAAUAUAAACCAUUGGACCUGGAGACAAUUUUUGCUGAUCUUGGCACAGCUGGCCUUGAUCUUCUCACUAGUAUGCUUUGCCUGGACCCAAGUAAACGAAUUUCUGCUGAGGCUGCUCUGGAACAUGCUUACUUUAAUGAUUGA